AUAUUUAAUUUCAUUUUAAUUUUUUUCGGCAUUUAUAAUUAAACAUUUAUAAUAACUUCAACUAUACAAACAUUUUCUUUUUAAUUUAUUGUAUAAGCACGUACGUAAUAUUUUCUGAAUUAGGAAACAAAAUUACUCACCAAUACACGUUUUGCUCUUAUUGUUAGUUACAUUGUUUUCUCUUUACCAUAUUUUUCUUUAAGAUCAGAAGUUGAAAUGCACGAACACAAGUGGAUACCAUCCGCUUAGAAUAUUUAACGUAUAAUUACUAUCGUUCUUUUGUUCAUUUAAUAAUUUUUACGAUGGAUAGGAAACUCAGUGAACAUUUGUUUCUCGUCAAUAUAAUUGCGUUGCUGAAGAAAGACAAGGUCCACGCGGUUGCAAAAAAAAGCUGAUGUAAAGCAAGCUGUUUUUUCCUGUUACUUCAGCUGUAUGUACGUAAUCUUCGAUAUUUCCCGGUGGAAAUAUCAUUAUCAGACUGUCCAUAGAAUUAUAAUAGGCUUAUGCAAUGAGUUUUGUCUCUGCUUAUCGCCAUAAAACGCGACAUAUAAUAGCGAUUGAUCCAGGUUCACUCGAGUGGGGAUGUAACGUGUGGGGAUAAACUUGACGAAACGGACAAUGCACUCUCAUUUCCUUCUCAAGUAUCUCUAAAGUAUCCAAUAAAUGUGUACACGUUGAUUUUCAUUUCCUGACGUACCAAAAACUAUCGGCAAAUGGUAAUCACAAGUACUGUCAGCCCGGUGCUGAAAAUUGGCCUUCAAUGUCUUGGUGUUUGGCCGAAUGUCCCGUAUUCUGCUAUUUAUUGGUUGAGUUUUAUGUUAAGCACAUUGAUUAUGCAGUACUUCCAGUAUUGGUACAUUCUUGAACACCUGAAGUUCAGCGAGCUCUCGAAUCUCAUUGACGCUUUAACUGUGACUUUAGAUUACAGUUUGACAUUUUUUAAAUUGAUUGGUCUGUGGAUACAUCGACGAGUAUUUCAUCAAAUCCUAACUGAUAUGGAUAAUGAUUGGCGCGAAUGUGUCAAUUCUGAUCAGUAUUUGUAUAUAAUGACUAUUAAUGCUAAUAUAUCGCAUUUCUUUUCUAACACUAUAUUGAGCGUUGUUACAACUGCUACAGUAUUAUAUCUCUUAGGCGACUACGUAAUUCAGUAUAUGUUUAUAACAGAAGAUUACAACAUCACUUUACGGCAGCUUCCCAUAAAGAUACAAUUUCCUUUCGAAACUCAACAAUCGCCAAUAUUCGAGUUUCUCGUUGUAACAAUAUUUUUACAUGUGAUGUUACAUGUCUGCAUGCUCUGUUUAAUAAAUGGAUUAAUUUUUACUUUGGUGCUACAUGUAAGCGGGCAAAUGGAUAUAAUGUGUCAUGAGUUUAACAGAAUUUCUAAAGAUAUCCUUCUUCAUAAAUCUUCUGCGUCUUUAUUUGGAAUGGUGAUCGAAAAACACAACAGAAUUAUAUCAUUUUGCGAGAAUAUCAAGACACUCUUUUCUUUCAUAGCAUUGAUGCAAGUUGUUUGGAAUACUUUAGUUAUUUGCUGUUUAGGAUUUUGCAUCAUAAUUUCUUUUCAUAACAAAACCGGUAUUUUCGUGUUAGUAAAACCUGUUCUUGCUUAUAUUGCCGUAAUGACUGAAGCCUUUAUUGUUUGUUUUGCCGGAGAACACCUUAGCCUCAAAAGCGAAUUAAUUACUAAUGCAAUAUACGAAUUGCUGUGGUACGAUAUGUCGCCACGUUACGGUAAAAUUAUAUUAUUCAUAAUAAUGAGAUCUCAGAAGCGGCUAACAAUUACGGCAGGGAAAAUGAUGAUUAUGUCAUUUGAAACUUUUACGAAUAUCAUGAAGGCGUCAGUAUCGUAUAUGUCCGUCCUAAAUGCUCUGUAUUGAUUGAACGUGUUAUGAAUUCGAUAAUAAUGUAAUUAAUGUAAGCCGACAAGUAAAAAAAUAUGGACAAUGGAUUUAAUUUUAAAUUAUUAUUA